CUGCAUAGCCUCAAAUAAUAUUAAUCUCAAAAAUCCUUUUGACAAAUAAUGAUUUUGAUCAAUUGUGAUCUCUAAAUGAAGCCUUUGCUCUUGUCUCCUUCUCUUCUUCUCCCUCCUCCAAUUCACCACCCCAUUAAUGAAGAGAGAAGGUUUAGACAAGGGCACGACAUUUUUCCCUUAUCAACUGGCUAUCAACCUAUCGCAACCCUCCUUUUUAUACCUAUUGUGGGACAAACCAACAAUUUAUGUAAAGAGGAUAGGUUCAAGCCAAGGUUAAUUUGUCCAUAGGGGGGGGAGGGAAAAGAAGAGAUUGAAAUCAAUCAAAAAUGAAUGACUUAUUUUCUAAUUCGUUUAAAAGAUAUCAGGACCUUAAAAAACAGGUCCAAGUAGAUGAUUUGGAGGGUGGUCGAGUUGGUCCAUCAGGAAAUGAAAGCAUUGAUCUUGCUAAUUUUUUUGAAGAUGUAGAGAAUGUGAAAGAGGACAUGAAGGAUGUCGAAAAAUUCCACAAAAAAUUACAAGAAUCAAAUGAAGAGAGCAAACUUGUGCACAAUGCCAAGACUGUUAAAGAAAUAAGGUCUAGGAUGGACUCGGACGUGUCACAAGUCUUAAAACGCGUCAAGAUGAUCAAAGGAAAAUUGGAAGCCCUCGAGCGAUCCAAUGUAGCUCAUAGGAAAAUCCCAGGGUGUGGUCCGGGUUCUUCUGCAGAUCGAACAAGGACUUCUGUAGUUAGCGGGUUAGGGAAGAAAUUAAAAGUCCUCAUGGAUGAAUUCCAAGCACUCAGGGCAAGAAUGAAUGAUGAAUAUAAGGAGACGGUUGCAAGAAGAUACUUUACUGUGACAGGAGAGAAGGCUAAUGAUGAUAUGAUUGAGAAUUUGAUAUCAAGUGGGGAGAGUGAGUCUUUCCUCCAGAAAGCAAUCCAGGAACAAGGUCGGGGCCAGAUUAUGGACACAAUUUCAGAAAUACAAGAAAGACAUGAUGCUGUGAAGGAAAUUGAGAGGAAUUUGAUUGAGCUACACCAAAUAUUUCUAGACAUGGCUGCAUUGGUGGAAGCACAAGGGCAACAACUGAAUGAUAUUGAAAGUCAUGUGGCACAUGCAAGUUCCUUUGUUAGGAGAGGCACAGAUCAAUUACAAGAAGCUAGAGAGAUCCAAAAAAGCUCAAGAAAGUGUGCUUGCUUUGCUGUUUUUCUUAUUAUUAUUCUUAUCAUUCUCCUUACUUUCCCUCUCUGGUGGCCACUAAUUGCUAGCAAAAUAACAACAUAAGGAAAAAAAAAAAAAAGAAAAAGAAAACAACCUACCUGAAUAUUUUAAUUAAGAAAAGACUUGUUUGGUUGUUUUGAAGAAGAAAUUAACCAAUAAAAGUUUGAUCAGGUUGUUGUGAAUUUUAGGAUAACCUUUUUUUUCAAUUUUUUUGGCUACAUGACUAUUGUUUGUAAGAAUUUUAUUCUUGUAUUCAUAGUAAAUAUUUUCUUUUC